AAUUGUAAACAAGAGUUAACUUGUAUUGAUGAUACUCAAAUUUACAGUUGCGAAGGACAACUUGGCCACUAGAAUAAUUGUUCUGGCCAUUCAUGCAACGUGGGUUGUAGAUGUGCCCUCCACAUAUAUCAAAGCCACCGCUUGGCCUUGAAGAAUAUAUGAAGAACUUCAAGUUGAAUUGAUUAAUAAAGCCACAAAUUGGCUUCUGUAGACCACAACUUAAUUGAUAAUUAAGUUGGCUCUGAUUUUGAUCACCUUCACCAAGACGUCCAGUAGCAGAGUCACAAUUAAAAUGAUCAUGAACUUGCUUCUUUUGAUCAAAGGGAUGAUCAUGGGCCAUAUCUUCACUACACCAAUUUCGGAAUCAGACAACACAUAUCAGACGACAGCAAACAUUUUAACUGUCGUCUGAAUUAAUCAAACGACAGCAAGAAAUAUUCUGUCGUCUAAGUUUUCGAAUCCAACAACAGUUUUUUCUUUGCUCUCGUGCAAUAGCAUUUCAGACAAUGGUUGAUUUUUUUUGAUGUUGUCUGAAUGAAUUAAUUCAGACAACAGUUAUUAUGUGAUGUUGUCCAAGGUUAAUUAACACAAUGGUGGAUAAAAGAUGUUGUCUGAUUGUUUUUAAUCACACAACAGUUAUUACUUCUCUGUUGUGCAAUUACUCUUAAUACAAUGGUUGAAAAAUAUGUCGUCUGAUUAUUUUGAUUCACACAACAGUUUUUUAGUUGUCUAUUGUGUGACUUUGUUUCAGACAAUGUACUGAAAUUGAUGUUGUCUGAGUUUUAGGGUUCAACAUGUUGAUGUUUGCCCGCUCAAUUUUUUUGCCGAAACUUAAACUUCCCACUUUUUUUUUUAAAGGACAUAAAGGUUCCAUUGAAAACAAAACCUCUCUCCUCUCAGACAGCCAACGCUUACAGCUUGCCAUCUCUCUCACGAAAUCUCCCUCUUGAUCUUUACCCACAUGGCCGAAAACACCAGUUGAUGUCGAAGCAAAAGCCUAUCCUCCAGCAAUUGCAGUGGUUUUUUAGCAGCUCAGGUCUAAGUUUUCGGUUGGGUGAUCGUAACUCUGCGGUGGACGCUGGGCGGCUGGGCAGUCAUGAGUCACUCUCCGCCUCUCGUUCGUUGCUCUCUCUGCACCACGCAAUUGUGCCACACCUCUCUCUCUCCCUCCCUCCCUCCUUGAUGGGAUCUCCCUCAGUCUCUCACUAGCAAUUGUUACUAAAGUCUUUAGCAGAUACAUUCCUAGUUUCAUUCUUCUGUUAUUUCUGAAAAUGAGUACAGAAUCGUCUCUGGUGUGGCUGGACUUUUGAUUGUCCUUAAAAAUCUAAGGUAAGUAAACCUUUUGUUCAAGUGACUGCUGUUUAGCACUGCUUAUUAAUUUCUGGUGAUUUUGUCCCUUUGUAUACCCUCCUGGUAAGUUCAUAAUUUUGGAGAACUGUCAGACUUAAUGGGGCUCUGGUGCAUCUUGUAAUGUCACCUUAAUUUUAUUGGAUUGUAGCAUUGGUUUCUCAUAAAUGCUUACUACUUUAAGCUUUUAUUGAAUUUCCUUGUAGAUCUGACAUUUGUAUCAGUCUUAAAUGUGACUGUGUAUAUUCUUGCUGGGAAAUUAAUUUUAUGAACUUAUCAAUCAAAUGUAGUUCCUUUAGAAUUUUAUAUUCUUUACACCAAAUAGAGAAUAUUUUUCUAACUAGCUCAUUCCAGCUUUUGAGGCCUGUUGUUAACUAACUUAUAUCACUGUACUAGGGAUGAGGUCAAUAUGAUUGUCAAAGUCAAAGGCUAAACUGCUCCAUGGGAAGCUCUUGGAAAGGAAAUACAAUCAUGAGGAUAUCAUCUUGUCCUUGAUUCGCCAUCAAUCUAUUUGAACUUUUUAAGUAAGAUUCUUAAAUGACUGGUUAUAUGCAAUUUUAUUGCUAGUUUAUAUCUGGUUUAUAGAUUCAUCACAUUAACCAGUUAAUGUUAUCUGUUGCUGAAGUGAAUGCAAUUUGUGGUUUUUGGAGUUGCAGGAAUUGGGUUUUGAUGGAUGAAAGUUUAAGUUUUUGUUUUGAAUUCUAUGAUUGUGAGUUGAAUAUCUGGUUUGCUGUUUGAGUUUCUGUUUCUUGGGAUUUCUUUUGGCAUUCAGAUGGUUUGAUUACCUUUCUGCCUUCAUGCCUCUAAUUCUUUAUUUUUUUUUCUUUAUUAAAUUUUCAAAUCCUACUUUAAGUAACAUUUUCAUGAUAUUCUUUCAUUUGUAGGGAGUAAGCAUCUUCUAGAGAUGAAUAGGAUUUUAAGGCCCGGGGGAUACUUUAUCUUGUCAACUAAACAUGACAGCUUUGAAGCUGAAGAAGGUAAACAAAUAUCUAGAAAACUAUGAAAUGGCCCUUACUGGAUUUGAAGCUGAUGCUUUAAAGGAUCCUGGUCUCAAUGCUACCGAAGAGGUUCAAAAGAUUGUUAACCUUCUUGACAAGCUAGAUAAUUUGUUAAGGAUUCAAUUUGUUAAUGGACGUGUACCACAAUCUAUAUCAGAAAUACGAGGGUUGGUGUGCGAGGACAUAACUGGGGGUCUAGAGGAUAUUGCCAUUCCAGCUAGCAAUUUGGUCAAUGAUCCGCCUGUUGCUUUGCCAGUUGAUGUUGUAAAUAUGGUUAUCUUAGCAAGCAUAAAGGAGUUAAGGCUUAAAGCUGUUGGUGCAUUGUUUUCACUUAUUUGUGAGGUUUAGGACGUUAAUGCGCAUCACAUUUAUGGACAAGUAUAAGUUUAUGGUUAGGGUUAAUGUUGGGAUGGAAUAACUUUGUUGAAUAUAUGGAUGAAUGUAUCGGAUCUUUGCAUAAAUGAAUUUGUUUUGAAUGUGUUGUCA